AUGAGGGAGAAGAGGAGCAAGCGCUUGAGAGCGGGACGGAAAGAGACGGCGCCGGCCCGGCGGUGUGUACUUCCAUCGCCAGCAGAUGACUUCGCAGUGGAUAGUGGCAUUUCGCCAAAAGCUGGUGCAAGUAGUAAAAUGCAAAGCCAAGGAGCCCCAGCCGAUGCCUCUCCUGACUCUAAGUGCCCCAUAUGCUUGGAUCGGUUUGAUAAUGUUUCCCACCUUGACCGAUGUCUGCACAGAUUUUGCUUUCGGUGCAUCCAAGAAUGGGCAAAGAACAAAGCUGAAUGCCCACUAUGCAAGCAGCCAUUCAAUUCUAUUUUUCAUAGUGUUCGUGCUGAAGAUGACUUUAAGGAGUAUGUCUUGAGACCCACAUUAAAUGGCUCAUUUGGGAGUCCUGAUGGACAUAGGUUUCGAUAUCGCACCACUAUGACACAGGGCAAUUAUCUAUCCCUGAGAUCAUUAAGGUCCUCUUCUCGAAGAACAUUUUCACCUCCAGACAAUGGUGUUCUUUUUGAGGGCAUUUCAAAUGUGUCCUCGCAACAGAGGGGUAGUGACAUUCAUCAAAUGAUGCGAAGACUGGCAACUAGACGGCAGGCCAGUGCUGAGGGGCGGACUAUGAGACAGAUUCAAGAGCAGGAGCUCAUUAACUUUAGGAGAGCACUUUAUCGUGCUGGGUUACGUGUCCGAAACAUCCAAGAUGGAGGUCGCUACCGUGAUAUAUCUGCAGAAUUUUUCCGCAGGAACCCUGCAUGCCUUCACCGGCUAGUGCCCUGGCUGAAGCGGGAGUUGACUGUAUUGUUUGGCUCCCAUGGUUCUCUUGUGAACAUUGUGCAACACAUCAUUAUGAGGAAUGUGACAUUGUAUGACAUGGAAAGUCAGGCUUUUGUAGAGGACUUGCAACCUUUCUUUCUUCACCGUACUAAUCACUUCAUUCAUGAAUUAAUUAACUUUGCACGUUGCCCUUACAAUAUUGAAGCUUAUGAUCAACAUGCUAACUAUGAUUGUCCUGCUCCUUCAUAUGAAGAAGGAAGCCGAUCAGAGUCCUCUGUUAUUACAAUAUCACCUGAUGAAGUAAAUGCUAGAGAGCCAGAUGUACCUUCAUCUUCUCUUGAUGUUGGACAAGCUCCUUGGGAUGAUGAAACACCAGGACCUUCUUACACCUCUGUGGAUAGGCCAGUAUCUUGGACAGAAGACAUCUUGGAUGAACAGCCAUCAAGUAGUAGACCGACUGCCAGUGAUGCGAAAAGUGGCAAUAAAGAUGUACAGGACAAGACUGUUGGUCCAGAUGACUGUGUCAUAGUAGGCUUUGUUAAACCUCUGGCAGAAAGAACCCCAGAACUUGUGGAACUGUCUUCUGAUUCAGAAGGGUCUCUUUGUGAAGUCAAGAUUGAGCAGGCUAAAAAGCCUCAAAUCAAGCCAUUUACCUUGAUUGGCAGUAGUGGGUCAAGUAGGUCAUCUUCUCCUUUGUCAUCACACUCAAGUGAAAAAAAUACAUUGAAAUUUAGCCAAAAGCAUAACACAUCAGGAGAAAAAUCCCAUUCCAAAAAAAAGGAGCACAAGCCAAAGGUUGUCUCUUCCAGAAAUGGAUCUAGAAAAGAUAAAGUACAUUUAUUCAACAGUGAAUCUUCAAGACAUAGGACGCGGUCCCAAAGCUCAGAUUGUUUCUCCCGGUCAUCUCGUAAUAAGUCUUAUGAGAGUCACAGCAGAAAGGACCGCAAAAACAGCCCAAGAAAUAAAAAAUCUCCAGCUAAGAGCCGGCACAAAAGUUGGAGAGAAAAAAAGAGGUCCAGGUCUAGAGACAGGAGUUCAUCAUGGCGAAGUCAGACUGUGUCGUUGACAAGUGAAAGCUCAAGAGAAAGAGGUGGUUCUCGCUCUGCAAGUAGAAACCUUAGAGGACGAUCACGUAGCCGUGACAGUGAUGUUGACUAUGCUGCAGACAACUAUCGGAGUACUUAUCAAUGGGAGUACACUUACUAUAGCCGAAAUCGAGACAGAGAUGGCUAUGAGAAAUCCUUUAGGAAACAUGCGCGUGGUAAAGGACAUUAUUCUAGACCUUCUUCCAGUCCAGAGUAUCGGGUGCAGUCUUACGCUGGAAGAAAAGAUUUGAAAAGAAAAAAGGGAAGCGCUUCUGCUAAACAGCACCACCGUGAUAGAUAUCGAUCGAGAAGCCGUUCAUGCAGUAGAACAAAUACAUCUGGGGCAAGCCUAACUAAUGACAAACCUAGUGGAAAGAGGAAGUACAAAACUCGCCAUUUGGAGAGACAAGAAGAAGAAGAACGCAAUCGGGAAGUGAAGGCCAAGCAAGAAAACGCAAAGACCUACAAGGAUGAUCUGACUGAAACAUCUAUUGAGCUAAAGCGGAGGAAAAAAACACGAAGUCCUAGCGUUGAAAUAGUAUAUGAAGGGAAAGCCACAGAAAGUUCAAGAUGUCACAAGAAGAAAAAGAAGAAGCACAAGAAGAAGCAUAGGCGCGAACAUCCUGCCAACUCAACAGUGGCUUCUCCCAUUAUUAUUACAAUCGAUAGUGACAGUGAUGUUCCAACUGUAACGGAGGCCUCAACAAGUGACAAAAUACCUGCUACGCCUGAGAAAAGUCAAGAUUGGGACCUUGUGCAGUCAGAACCCAGCCAGUCACCAUCUACCUCUGCCACAGCAAACCUCACAGAGCCAGUGAGUGUAGAACCAGCAGGUCCCACAUCCAAGGACUCUGAUAUAAUUUCAAGCAAUGGACAUUUGGAUGCUGCCACUGGCAUAUUAGAUGGUUUGCAUUUUGAUGAUAGCUCUGAUGAGCCAGCUCUUCCAACCACCAGUAGUCCAGCUAAAAUCCAUUCUCCACCUUGUGAAGAAACAGCCAUGACUGAACUACCUCUGCCAGACUUUAAGUCAGAACAGCAGAGUGCAACAUCCACAGAACCUACUUUUUUAAUGGACACCCAUGAAAACUUUUCUGAAAACUCUCAAGAAAUAUUUGCUGAAACAAUCAGUGAUUUACUGGAAAGUAUGGCUGCCCCCUCAGUUUUAUGACCUAGUCUAUUAUGAUUAAAUUAUAAAGACACAUUCACCUCAGAACAAUUUUUACAAAUACCUGACUUAUUACUAUGUUUUCUAACUAUUCUUCUGACCCCAGACAAGCUGCGUGAAGUUCAUGUAUGGGUGCACCAUACAUCAUUAUUGAGAGAAUCUGUUGGUAUCUUUGCUGGGUAAGGAUUACCCAUUAGACUGUACCUUCAACUUCGAGAUUUCAGUUCUUACUUCAGAAUUGUUUGCUGAAUAACUUAAUAGUCAUUUAAGUGCUACAGUGCUCCAAAUCGAAUGUUAUUGUUUAAAGGCGUCAUCUGAGAUUUUGAUAUUGGGGACCUAUCCUUAGGCCCCCUGCACACGAACGUGUGCGUCGAAUUGCCGUAUGCCCACGGGUGCCGUUCCGUGGGCAUUCCGC